AUGAAUCAAACUGAUGAAACAAAUGUGAGAAAAAUAAGCAUGGUGAAUCUCGACAAACUUAUAAAUGACUUCUCGCAAAUAGAAAAGAGAAUAUCAGAAAUCAGUUCAAAGAACAACAAAUUAGAUAUUCAGUUGGAAAAGACUAACUCUUUGCUAACCUUCAUGCAAACCCAAGAGAACUCCUUUAAAGACGAAUAUACUACUUUGCAGAACAUGAUAAAUGGACUACAGCAAGCCAUUGAAAAUCAAUAUGAUUUGAAAGAACCAAGUCAAAUUUAUAAGAAAUCAAAUCCUACCGUACAGAUAAAACUACAUUUUAUUUUACAGGAAUAUAAGCGGCAGAUUGACAGACUUGUAAGGGAAAUUCAAACUAAAGAGGAAGAACACAAGAUGGAAAUCAAAAAAGCUAAUCUGGACAUGCAAAAAAAAUGUGAGUUAAAUGAAGAAAAACACAAAGAACUGAUGGAGAAAAAGGAAAUGGAGAUUUCAGAGUUGACCACAAAGUUAAGAACUCAAGCUAUGGAUAAACAGAAUGAGAUCAUCAAACUACAAAUCGAGUUUAAUGCUCAGCUGGCAAGAGCUCAAACAAAAUCAACAAAAUCAUAUCCUGAUUCAACUGUUUUGCCUCAGAAUAUCUACAGAAGGAAGCUCCAGCAUCUCCAAGAAGAAAAAAACAAGGAAAUUGCCAUUCUUCGUAAUACCAUUCGAGACUUAGAGCACCGCCUCACUGUUAGCAAGAAUUUUCAAUUUAAAAGAAAACGGCCUUGAUCACAACCAGUGUAGAUCACAACUCUGCUUUCUUGUCAACCUCUUUUAUGUAAGAGUUGGAAUAGGUCAGUAUCACACCAACAGCUAAUCUCACAAACACACACACAAGAGUUUAAACAUUGUUUUAUUGAGAGUUGGUUCUUCUUUUUUUACAAUCCCACACAUUUAGCACAUUUUCAAGUCCACUUAACAUUCUUGCUUAUUAGUAUUAACCAUAAAAGAGUUCAGGUCCACAGGAGUCAAUUUACCUGUUAAACCAUCAUUGACUAUGGGAACACUUUCUAAACAACCCGCUAAUAAAAAGCGAAUCUUUUUUUCUUUCAUUCCAGUCCUUUCUAGAGAAACACUCUCAAAUGUUUAAACAAUAUGAUGCAGAGCUAGAUAAAGAAAACAAGCCAUUGCAAAUGUUUUAUUCUUAUAUGUAACUCUCCAAAAUCAAAUAGAUGAGUUAAACUAUUAAAAUGCACAAUAAUAAAAAAGCUGUUAUUUUAAAGUAAUGUGCUUUUCUUUUUAGCAAAGUUAACAUGCGUUAAGUUUUCUUGCAUCUUGAACUACAAGGUGU